AUGACACCCGUCAUUCAUACGUGGCGUGACGCCUUGGCAUCCGUGGUGCGAGCAGGCGCGCGGGAGCGCACGGUGCUCAACGGUCCGCUCUCAUGCGUGUCCUUCUCCUCCCCCACCCUCUCCUCCCCCACCCUCUCCUCCCCCACCCUCUCCUCCCCCACCCUCUCCUUCCCCACCUUCUUCCCCACCCUCUCCUCCCCCACCCUCUUCAUCUGCCACUUGAGUUUGCCCCACGCCCACCAAUCACAUUCGCGGCUUCCUCAAGUGAGACUGCGGUGUGCUGCUGUGAUCCGCGACUUCUUGAAGGAUGACUGCCGCGUGCUGGUGGUGGGGGCGGGCGGGCUGGGGUGCGAGCUGCUCAAGGACCUGGUGCUGUGCUCACCCUUUUCUCCGUUCCAACCCAUCCGCGAGUUCCUAAAGGACGACUGCCGCGUGCUGGUGGUGGGGUCGGGCGGGCUGGGCUGCGAGCUGCUCAAACACUUGAUCCGCGAGUUCCUAAGGGACGACUGCCGAGUGCUGGUGGUGGGAGCGGGCGGGCUGGGGUGCGAGCUGCUCAAGGACCUGGUGCUGUCGGGGUGUGGCAGCAUCGACGUGAUUGACAUGGAUACCAUUGACGUCUCCAACCUCAACCGCCAGUUCCUUUUUCGCAGAGUAUGUGAGGGAGGGUGUCAGCACACCCCUUACCCCCUCUCUCGUCGGCCCCAUUUCCCCCGCGUGCUGCCCCAUUUCCCCCUCGUGCUGCCCCAUUUCCCCCUCGUGCUGCCCCAUUUCCCCCUCGUGCUGCCCCAUUUCCCCCUCGUGCUGCCCCAUUUCCCCCUCGUGCUGCCCCAUGCCCCUGCGUGCAGCCCGGCAGACGUGGGCAAGCCCAAGGCCGUGGAGGCAGCAGAGAGAGUCAUGAGGCGCGUGGGCGGGGUGAAGGUGACACCGCACUUCUGUCGCACAGAGGACAAGCCCGCCUCCUUCUUGAGCAACCCCCCCCUCCCCCGCCUCCUUCUUCAGCGACUUCAACAUCAUAGUGUUGGGGCUCGACUCGCUCGAAGCCCGCUCCUACAUCAACAACCUCGUCUGUGGCUUUCUAGUGCCACCCACGUGCAGCAGCCUGCAAUCAUCUCGCGCCUUGAGAUGCAGUCGUUUGGUUGGAUGACUGCCACCCACAUGGAGAUGCAGUCUGCAGAGUACUCCCCUGAGGGCGAGCUGGGCUUAACCUCUAUCCGCCCCAUGGUGGACGGCGGAAUGGAGGCCUUCAAGGGGCAUGCCGGAUACUCGCCUGAUGGUGAGCUAGACCUCUCAUCAAUCCGCCCCAUGGUGGACGGGGGCACGGAGGGCUUUAAGGGGCACGCGAGAGUGAUCAUCCCGGGGGUGUCGCCGUGCUUCCACUGCACGCUCUGGCUCUUCCCCCCCCAGACCAAGUUCCCGCUGUGCACGCUCGCUGAGACCCCGCGGUCCCCCGCGCACUGCAUUGAAUACGCACACCUCAUUCAGUGGAACGGUGAGACGCGCACCUCAUUCAGUGGGACGGCUCUCAUUCGCGCGCAGCAGCACAGCAUCACAGGGGUCACGCUCUCCCUCACACAGGUGUGCCCAAGCACUCUCCACAUGCGUGAUGCAUGCGUGUGUGCCUUGCGAGUCCACUCACCACUAGCACAGCAUCACAGGGGUCAAUCUCUCCCUCACACAGGUCAGUCAAUCUCUGCUCCCCUUGCCUCAUUUCUUUGCUCCCCUUGCCUCAUUUCUCUGCUCCCCUUGCCCCUCAUUUCUCUGCUCCCCUUGCCUCAUUUCUUUGCUCCCCUUGCCUCAUUUCUCUGCUCCCCUUGCCUCAUUUCUCUGCUCCCCUUGCCUCAUUUCUUUGCUCCCCUUGACUCAUUUCUCUGCUCCCCUUGCCUCUCAUUUCUCUGCUCCCCUUGCCUCUCAUUUCUCUGCUCCCCUUGCCUCUCAUUUCUCUGCUCCCCUUGCCUCUCAUUUCUCUGCUCCCCUUGCCUCUCAUUUCUCUGCUCCCCUUGCCUCUCAUUUCUCUGCUCCCCUUGCCUCUCAUUUCUCUGCUCCCCUUGCCUCAUUUCUUUGCUCCCCUUGCCUCAUUUCUCUGCUCCCCUUGCCUCAUUUCUCUGCUCCCCUUGCCUCUCAUUUCUCUGCUCCCCUUGCCUCUCAUUUCUCUGCUCCCCUUGCCUCUCAUUUCUCUGCUCCCCUUGCCUCUCAUUUCUCUGCUCCCCUUGCCUCAUUUCUUUGCUCCCCUUGCCUCAUUUCUCUGCUCACCUUGCCUCUCAUUCCGCUUCUCCCCUUGGCUCGCAAUUCUCUGCCCCCCUACCCCCAUGCGGGCGCACAACAGUGACGAUCCGCUCGCAGUACCUGGGGCCGUACGACCUGCACAACGACAUCUACAACAUGACCUUCUACAACGGCUGCGCCUACAACGUCACCAGCCCGCUGCGCGUGUGGCAGUGCUUCAACUUCUACAACAUAUGGGAGGGCGUCCUCGCCAACCCCGCGCCCAACCCCACGCAGUACCAGACAGGCGACAUUUUCGUGCAGACCACGCCGGGGUACUGUGAGAUGCGCAUGAACCGCGGUGCUAGCGGCAAACUGCAGAUGCUCCCCGGGGAGACGGUGAACAUUGUGUAUGCGCAUUUGUGGGACUUCCGGCCCUGCGUGCAGGAGCUGCGCUUCGGCAACGGCAACAGCUAUUCCAUGACCAACGCCACCGAGUGCCAGCUCGCCUUGCCGGCCCACCUAAUACCACAGCAUGGCAGGGGUCACUCUCGCCCCUCACGCACAUUUCACUUCUCACGUAUCCCUCCCUUCCAACACGCUGCUGUGCGAUGUGCGAACGUGGGCACGCAGGGGGUCUACUCACACACCCUGGCCUAUGACAGGGACCUUGAGUGCCUCGUGUGCAGCGCUGGCGUGCCUGUGACCGUGCCUUCCACAGCCACUCUGCAGCAGCCACCGCACCCAAACGAAUUGCUUUAUAUCAGAGACAAGCAGCAGCCCGUCAUCACAAUCUCCCUUCCCCCCCUCGCCUGCGCACAGCCCGCGCCGUCCGGUGAUAACAUUGCCGGUGGUAACACUUUUGGUGGUAACACCGCGGGUAGAAACACUCCAAGUGGCAUCACUGUGAGCGGUACCAGUGGCAUCGGAUUCUCUGCUGCGGUGGUGGGCGCUGGGAGCAGCAGCAUUGGCGCGUUAUCUCAAGCCAAGGCGUUCUACGCAGGUCAGCUGGUGUGCAGAGUGGUGGUAGCGUGUGGUGAGGGGUGGAGAGUGGUGGUAACCGGUGGCGAGCUUGCUGCGAUUUUCAUCGCCUCAUCCUCCUGCCUGUCCCUCUCCCCACGCUCUCUAACCGGACACCCCUCAUCACGCCGCUGCUCACCACGCCACCCCUCACCACACCACCCCUCACUGCGCCACACCUCAGCAUUCCACCCCUCAGCACGCCACCCCUCAGCACGCGACCCUGUGCUCAUCUGUCUGCCCUCUUUUCUCUCCCCUCCAGAACCCCCCUCUCCGCGUCUGCCUCCUGGCAUCCUCCUCCACGAUGGCUUUCGCACUUACAGGCCAAGAGGCACACCGGUGUCCACUUGUGAGCACACGCAGAACCGCCUGUGA